UCUGAACUCCACCUUCAGGCAGAAUGAGGUUCAUCCCCGGAUGUCUGCUUCUCCUGCUGCUGGUCAGCAGCCUCUCUCCAGCCCACGGUGUUCUGGAGGCCUGGAACACGUCCUCUAAGUGUAAAUGCAUGAAAUCGGUUCCAAAGCUGGGCAGGCGCAGCAUGAUUGCCCGGGUUGCAGCCUAUAUGCCUGGGGAUCAUUGCCCACGCAAGGAAGUCAUAGUCUGGCUGAAGAAUAGGUCAGUUCUAUGCUUGAAUCCUGAAUCUGAGUGGACACGACGUCUGUUGAUAAAUCUACAGAGAUCCAACAGCCUGACAAGAGACAGCGGGUCCACAUAGUAGACACAGAAGGCCGGAGGCCAAUAUCCCAGCACGGACACCUGCGUCCCUCCUCAUUCCUGCUCGGCGUUCAGUUUUAUGAGCAGUUGAAUCUUUCAUUUUUUAUUUUUUAAAGAGCUUCCCAUACAAGCAAGCAUGAAAAUACAUGUAAAAAUCACCCUUUGGAGGCUGAUAUGGCAAACCUGAAGUUUUUGAAUAAAGUACCUACAUACUUGGA